AUGAUAUGUGAUCACUUUCAAAUCAAAAAGCAAAUAGAAGUGCUUUUUAUUAUAAUUAUAGCCAUUUGGGCCUUAAGUUAUGACUACACUCCUUCAGAGCUAACCUCGAAUUUAGAAGAACUAUGGAAGCUUGGAGAAAAUGGAGUCAAAGAAAAGCAAGUACCUGAAUCUUCAAAGUAUUUACUGGCAUUUGUAAUAUUCGUGAGGGCGUAUACAUCAAGAUUAUUUUUAUGUUUGUAUGUUAUAAACUUCUGGCCUGCUAUAUGUGAAAAUAACCCACAUUUAUUCUUACCCUGGUUAUUUGUAGGAUUCUUAAGAUCCAUAUUAACAAUCUUCAUAACAAUGUAUGUAGGUUGUUAUACUUGUUUAGUUCAAAAAGGCAUACAUUCCAUUUGCGUAGAUUUUAUUUUUGCACAAUUUAUAGACCACGGGCCACCAGUGUACGCCUGGUUUCUAAUCUUAAGCUAUUACAAAGAAUUAAAACAUCCCAAAUCACAAAAAACCAAAUCACAACUAUUACAAACUACUGAAACCUUCAACUUGAUCACAGAUGCUACAUUUACAAACAUGAUGCUCCAUUUGAAACCGUUGGUGGUUCCAACUAGAUCUUUAGACACCUUGUUAACUAAUAAUGGUCAUAGAAUACCCAAAUGUAGAAUUAGCGAUAAUUGCAAACUUACAGAUUUUGUUAAAAAGGUACUAAACAUUAGUGAUGAUGAUAUACAUAAAAUUAAAGAAAGUAAAGCAAACAAAAAUUUAAAACUGACUUAUAAUAAGGCUAUAGAAGUUUCUGAACUUCCAGUAGAAGAGGAAAAAGAACUGAUUUGUCUGACUUUAAAUGAGGCACAUGAAGACCAAGAAAGAUUUAAAUAA